CCAACGCCGCCAAUCACAAUCCGUCUCUUUUUUAUGUUUUUUUUGCCUUCAGCCAACCAAUAAAAAAUCUCCAUUCUUCACAGUCGUCAUCGCCGCGUUUUCUCUCUCUUCAACUCCUCCACCUUCUCCAACUUUCCCCAUCCUUUUCCGGUCACCUUUCUCUCUCUUCUCUGACUCGACGGCGGCGGCGUCACUUCCAUUUUCUCUCUCCUCUCUGUGUACGGAGGCUCAUCUUAGCCGCCAAUUAUCACUGGAAAUCUCUAGAAUCAGCUCGAUUCUACGGAGUAUUUCUUCAAAUCGAAGUGAUUUUGCAGCUGUUCAAGCUGAGAAGAGUGGUAAUAUCUUCCGAUUAAGGUGUAAGUUGUGUUGGAUUAUCAUUGAUUCUGCUCUUUUUUUGUUGUCGAAGUAGAUUGCUGAAGGUAUUGCUGUUGCUGAAAAUUCGUUCAUAAGAUUUGUUGAUUUCGAAGUUUGUUGACUCCUCGGGAGUUGUGUAUUUAGGGAAGAACUCGUUUUCGAUUUGUUGUUGUAGUAUUUGGAUGAUUGAACAAAUGAAUGUUGAAAUGAAGGAAAGAGGCGGAAGGGAGGGUGAAAAAUGAGCAAUUAAGCAUUUGAUCUAGGGUUUCUGAAUAAUUUUAGGGUUUUAUUUGGGGGUGCCGGGAAUCUUAUUCAAUUAGGCGGUGAAUUUUGGUAAAUGUUGCUCUAUUUCAAUGCAUCACUUGCCUAGUUUUUUUUCUAGUAAGAAGCUGAACAAAAAAAUGGACCAAGUUUCAUCUCCCAAACCAAAGCUUGUUCGAAGAAAUGCUGCCAAGAACUUUGAUUACACCCCUUCCGCCACGUCUCCAUCCACGAGUGGUUCUUCAGCGCCACGGACACGGUCUCUUGACUUGGGAGCUGGUGUGGAAAGGACUAGCCUUCGGGUUGAAGGGAAUGCCGGUGAAAUAGAUUUGAUUUGUCAGAGCUUAGGGCUUUCUGGACCUGAAGAUUUUCAGAUUCCUUUGGCAGCUUACCAGGCUAUGAAGAAUAGAUCAUCCUCUGAUGUUACUCCAAGGCCUAAAAAGGGGCAACUUGAUGGUGUUGAUCCUCAAGUACCAAUAAAACAACAGGAGGUUCACAAGUAUGUUGAUCGUGCGCCACUUAGAUAUGGAAACAAUGUUCAGAAGAAUGAAAAUACUCUGACUGAUCGUGGUGGCUAUGAGUUUAAGACUGCUGUACGCCCGCCUUUGCUUGAUACUGCUGUGAGACCUGUUUGCGGAGGUGGAGGUGGAGGUGGAGGAAUCAAAGGUGACCGCCCCCCAUUGCUAACACCCCCGCCAGCAAUGUCCCUUCCUGUUCUUGAUAAUGGUUGUUCUACCUGGGAUUUGUUAAAAGGGUUUGCACCUGAUGGUAACGAUCCCUCUGAAUUUCCAUAUAUUGGCCAGCCUCAAUCUUCUGACGAUGAAGAAGAUAUUAGCAGAGAGGGAAGUCACGGGGUAAGGAUCGGAGAAACUGUUAUGCUCUCAGGAUCUUGUUCUUUCACUACUACAAAUGAUGAUGACUCAUCUAGUUCAACCACGGAACCUGUAUCAAUUAUUUCACCAAAUGGAGUUUGCGCAGUCAACAUAACCCAAUGGGAUAAGGGUGUUCAAUUAGGGAAGGGUUCAUUUGGAACUGUAUAUGAAGGAAUUUCUUGCGACGGAGACUUUUUUGCCGUGAAAGAAGUUUCAUUGCUCGAGCAAGGGAGUCAAGGAAGGCAGAGUAUCUACCAACUUGAGCAGGAAAUCGAGCUGCUUAGUCAGUUUAAACAUGAGAAUAUAGUUCGAUAUCUUGGCACUCAAACGACUGAUUCAAAACUUUAUAUCUUCUUAGAGCUCGUUACUCAGGGUUCCCUUGCUAAACUGUAUCAAAAUUACAGCCUUCGUAAUUCUCAUGUAUCUGCUUACACAAGACAGAUUCUACUGGGUUUGAAAUAUCUUCAUGAAAAAAAUGUGGUGCACAGGGAUAUCAAAUGUGCCAACAUAUUGGUGGCUUCAAAUGGAACAGUAAAAUUGGCAGAUUUUGGAUUGGCGAAGGCAACCAGAUUGAAUGACUUGAAGUCUUGUAAAGGGACCGCGUUCUGGAUGGCACCUGAGGUCCUUAAAAAUAAAGGUUAUGGGCUACCAGCAGAUAUCUGGAGCCUUGGAUGCACCGUCUUGGAGAUGCUAACACGCCAUGUUCCCUAUUUUCCUUUAGAAUUUCAGCAAGCAAUUUUUAGGAUCGGGAUAGGUGCGCCACCUCCGAUUCCUGAUACUUUGUCCAAAGAUGCUCAUGAUUUCAUACAACAAUGUUUACGCGUGAAUCCAAAUGAUCGCCCUACAGCGGCUGAGCUCUUGGAACAUCCAUUUUUACGGAGACAACUUUCUACUUCAUUAGGAUCGGAGUCACCUAUGAUGCGUGGGACAUCAAUUUGAGUCUCUUAUCACUUCUGAGUAUUUUGUCGAGAUAUAUGUUCUUCUGGAUCUACAACUUGUUCAUCACAGUGCAUCAAAUAAUUAAUUUAAAUGACAUAUUUGAUUCCUAUGCAAGAUUAUCCAUUGAGAAUAAAAAAGCAAAAAAGUCAGAGGGAUCUCUAUAUGCAUCAUCCUCCGGAUGAAUUAUUAAUCGGUCCUGGAUGCCAGCGUGCUUUGAUUCCUCCCUCGCGUGAUUCCAACUCCCCUAAAUCAGGGACACUAAAAUUGCAGAGGACAAUCUGUAUUAUAUAUAAUAGUCUAGGUUUUGGGCUAUGUUUGUAUUUGUGAUCUGAAAUUAGUUAGUUAGCAUAUGAUGAUGAUGGAAUCUUGAUUUAUGAAUGAUUAGUUUAUUACAGUAUGUAGGAAGAUGGCUUAGGCUUUUGUACAUAGGUGUAAUAUUGUUUUUUGUCAGAAUUGUUUGUACUCAUUCAUUAUUCAGAUCUAUCCUUUGAUGAUUGUA